UUCAGUUUUCCAGUUUCGGGUGGUUUUAAAUUCAGCGUUGUAUGUAUCGCAAACCGAAAUAAUGGUCAUGUUUACGUUCAUGCAGUAUUAACAGAUGGAAUUAAAUUCCGCGUUUUUGAGUCGUCUAAGUGUGUCACUGUCAGUAAUUACGAUUAUGUUUUAGUUUAUUUAGUCACUGAAUUGUAAAUAUUUUGAGAUAAUUCAAACAACCAAUAAAGGGUGAAUAAAGGCGAAGAAUGGGGAAACGUGCUAAAAUGUCUGCUUUUUUGCCUGUCCGGGGGGAAAUAAUACGGAUUUUUCCCUUAAUGUCGCUCUGUCUCUCAAAUGUCGCCGAAUUAUCUACUUUUCGCUUAAAUGUAGGACUGAGGUCCUGUUAUAGAAUUACUUGGAAGCAUGUCCACUAUGUUGUGACUUUUCUUCCGUUAGAACUGACUGCCGUACAUUCGACACUGACAUAAUGGAGUAGUACCUUCAGAUUUUUGUAGUAGGGACAGAAGACCUACGACUUGUGUAAUUCCUUUUCUAGUAUGCUUCUAUAAGUGUCCAGUCUUAUCUUGAGCGCGUCAAUUAAAGGAGCAGACACCACUGCCUAGGGUAACAGGUUCCAAAUAAUAAUGACUCGGUGUAAAACCUGUAUGCCAUGGGUAUCUUGUUUGUUCUUGGCUUUUCUACUCGCAUGCUAUGUCCUCUGAGAUGUCUCGAUCUGGUGGGAAGGAGAAGAUAAAAUAAGUUAGGUCCAAGAUCAUUUCUCGGUAUUCUGUACAUCAAAAUUAGAUUUCCCCUUAGUCUGCGAUAGGACAAACUAAAGAGGUCCAGCUUUUCGAGCCGAUCUUUGUAUGGUAAACCCUGGAGUUCUGUAAUCGCACGGGUAGCUGCCCUCUGUACUUUUCACAGGAUAUUCAAGUCACCUUUUAAACAGGGGCUUACAGCCUGAACGCAGUUCUCAAGCUUAGUCCUCACUAAGGUUUUGUAUACUGUCGUAGAAAACUUUACAUAUUUCAUAUAAGCCAGCAAAAGCGACAAGUAACAAAUGCGCCUUACAUCACGGAUUACGAUAUUGAAAACAAGAAUUCUCGCUCCAUCUUGCUUGGUUCUCUGGUACAAGGCUUACACUUAAGUUUCUGAAAUGUCUAGUCGGUUAUUGACAGGUGGAGAAUGCCCCCAGGGUGUUUUGGAUGUUGUUGAAGGUGCUAUUGGUUAUCUUGCCUUAUCAGUUGGAUAUACAUCUAUUGAGUACGCAGCGUUGAGAGUACUUUCAAAUCUUUUCUUUUCUUUUACAGAAGACCUAGCUGUUUCCUCACUAAUGAAUGCUGAAAGCAGUGGGAGAACUUCAAUUCUUUUGAGCGAUAUUGUACUUGGGUUAAUAGAUUUGGGAUUUGAUGUCUCAGGUCUUAAUGAAAUCCCCCGUAAACGCAUGUACAGAGGAUGUAAAGAACCUACUAGCAUCGGAAGUUCUCCGAAGAAAGGUGUGGUAUGUGCUGCAGUUUUGGGCCCAGGAGGAACAACCAUUAUUCCUCGACCCUUGUCAUUGCGCCCUAAUUGGUCGGGAAAUCCACGUUUUGGUGGGAUGGGAUCCACAUCCUUGUUAAGUACGGGUGUAGCUCAAGGUAUUUCAGAUCAGCUGUCAUACUGUUUGCCACCUCCCGCUCCUGCACAUUUACAACUUCCUUUAUUACCGGAACCUCACACUUUCCUAAAUACACGUGUUAAACGAGCACCGAUUGCUUCUGAUCCGUCUUCAUUACGCCGUCGUGUAGUUGAGCAACGUCGUAAAGUUCAAGAGUCCUUAAUUCGGUUUUUGGGUCGUGUUCAGCCUGUUCAAUACCUAUUUCCGGGUGAUGCUGAAUCGUUCAUGUUGAUCACUCCAAAAGAGUCACCUCGUCCAUAUCUGUCAGCUCUACUUGCUAGUGUAACCAACGACUGUGAUAUGAAAAUGUCACUGACCGACAACAAAGAUGACCAAAAUCUUGUGAAGUCUAAGUCAAACGUUUUUGUAAAUAGUAAUUCUAAUCAGUCUCCUGAAACAAAAAAUCCAUUUUUAUUAAAACCAAAAUUUCCUGAAUACUAA